CGCGCCAUGGCGAUCGCAAGGCAAGUGCUUUGUGUCUGUGCUUUCCUCUCGCUGCCGCACGCUGGCGCCGAGCCCAUCCGCUACUCCGUAGCCGAGGAGGCGGAAAGCGGCUCCCUGGUCGGCAAGCUGGCCGAGGACGCGGGGCUGACGCCGGCGCAGCUCUCGGCUCGCCGCGCCCGCCUGGUGUCGGACGACGGCCGGCAGCACUUUCGCUUAGACCGCGCCUCCGGCCGCCUCGUCGUGGCGGGGAGGCUGGACCGGGAGGAGCUGUGCGGCCAGGCCGCCAGCUGCAUGCUCCCCUUCGAGCUGCUGCUCGCCGAGCCGCUGCAGUUCUUCCGGGUCGAGGUGGCUCUGGAGGACAUCAAUGACCAUUCUCCUGUUUUCCGAGAUGAUCUUGUCAGUUUAAAAAUCCUCGAAACGAGUGACCUGGGUUCUCGAUUCCCGCUGGAGGGUGCUCGGGACCUCGAUAUUGGCCACAAUGGCAUCCAGUCUUACAACAUCUAUCCGGAGAGUGAGUACUUUAGUGUCUCUUACGGAAGUCGGAGUCAGGAUGACAAGUAUCUUGAACUGGUCUUGGAAAAGCCACUAGACAGAGAGGAGCAGGCAGAGAUGAGUUUCAGUGUUAUUGCUGAAGAUGGGGGCUCUCCUCCCAGGAGUGGAACCACCCAAGUCCAUGUUGUAAUUCUAGAUGCAAAUGACAAUGCUCCCAUCUUCACAAAGGAGGUGUACAUUGGACAGGUUCUGGAGAACAUGCCAGAAGGUUCUGUGGUUCUGACUGUGCUGGCAACUGAUCAGGAUGCAGGAGUUAAUGGGGACAUUUCCUAUCAACUGAGCCAAGCAGUGGGACAGAGUGACUCAGCAUUUGUGAUUGAUCCCAAAACUGGUGAAAUUAAACUCACAAAACCUCUGGACUUUGAGGAUUCAGAGCAUCAUGAACUUCGUGUGAGAGCCACAGAUGGUGGGGGACUCUCAGCAAUCUGCAAGGUGUUGGUGGAGGUGGUGGAUGUGAAUGACAAUGCCCCAGAGCUGGUGGUCAGUUCCUUCAGCAGUCCCCUCCCCGAGAACACAGUGCCCGGCACAGUGGUUGCCCUGUUCUCGGUCAGGGACCGGGAUUCUGGUGCCAACGGGAAGAUCUCGUGUGCCCUGGAGGAUCAGCUCCUCUUCUCCCUGCGGCCAGCCUAUAAGAAUUACUACGAGCUGGUGACAGUGAGCGCGCUGGACCGCGAGGAGACGGCUCAGUACGUGCUGAGUGUCACAGCAGCAGAUGCGGGGUCGCCUCCUCUCACGACCACGCAGACCUUCACUGUGGACGUCUCGGACGUCAACGACAACGCGCCUGUCUUCAGCCAGACGUCCUACACCAUGUACGUGCGUGAGAACAACGUCCCCACGGUGUUUGUUGGAGCGGUCAGUGCUGCAGACGCUGACGUGGGGCUCAAUGCCAAGGUGACCUAUUCCCUGGCCCCGGCGCAGGCGGCAGAGCGGCCCCGGUGCUCCUGCAUCUCGGUGAACUCUGAGAACGGACAAGUGUUUGUGCUGCGGCCCCUGGACUACGAGCACUUGCGGCAGACCGAGGUGACGGUCAUGGCCUCUGACGCGGGCUCUCCUCCGCUCAGAGCCAACGUCACCGUGCGCCUCGUCGUGCUGGACGAGAAUGACAACGCGCCGCUGGUGCUGUACCCAGGCCAGGAGAGCGGCGCGGCGUCCAGCGAGCUGGUGCCCGUGUCGGCUGAGGCGGGCUACCUCAUCACCAAAGUGGUGGCCGUCGACGCCGACUCCGGCCAGAACUCCUGGCUCUCCUACCACCUGCUGAGGGCCACCGAGCCCGGGCUGUUCACCGUGGCUGUCCAAAGCGGGGAGGUGCGUCUGAGGAGGCCGGUGACAGACAGGGACAGCGUGAAGCAGAAGCUCGUUGUCCUGGUCCGAGACAACGGCCAGCCCCCGCUGUCAGCCACCGCAGCUCUGAGCGCGCUGCUGCUCAAGGACUUCUCAGACGUGCGCCUCCCGCACAGCAGCGCGGCCACGGAGGAGCAGGACGGCUCCCUGACCACCUACUUAAUCAUCUCCCUGGCCUUUGUCUCACUCCUCUUCCUCAUCUCCGCCGCGGUCUUUGUGGCUCGCAAGGUGUGCAGGAGAAAGGAGCUGCAGGCCGGCCAUGUGCUUUAUGGUGCCGACAACUUGCAGAGCGGCCUGGCCGAUGCAGCCGCUGCAGGGACCCUGCCCCGCGCCUACUGCUACGAGAUCAGCCUCACAACGGGCUCGGGCAACAGCGAGUUCAAAUUCCUCAAGCCCAUCCUCCCCAGCCUGCCACCACAGCACUGUGCCACGGGCCAGGGCCCUGAGGAGGGACAGGAUUUCCCCUGUGUCCCUGUCAGCACAGAGGACAUGGCACCAGACAAUCCUGGGACUCUCUCUGCACGACAGUUCAACGCUCUUUCCUUUGACUAGCUGGGCUCUGCACACACAGACCCUUCAAUGCUCCUGGGAGGAGGGGAUCCAGGCUGCAGCUUGUGGCCAUGGUUCCUCGACUGAAAACCUGUAUGUCCAAUUGGUUUAAUCAGAUCCCUGUAAUUCUAAGUUGGCACAGAUAUUUUCUGCCACUCCGAAAACACAACCACCAAACAAACGAAACUCAGGUUCUCUCCCUGAGGCUAUAGUAUGUUUCACCUCUGUUAUGGUCAUUUCUGAUCAUCUUUAAGGAGGGUGUUAGCACUCCAGCUCUGCUCUUUUCUCUUUUGCUGUCCAGAAUGACUGUGGAGCUUUUCUUCUGUCCUCUGACACAAGGGCACAGCUUGUCUGACAGGUCUCCUCCUUCACAGAAUGUACAAAAUCCCUUUCCCACCUCAGGAAAGCAAAGAUGUUGAGAGUACAGUGUCACAAUAUUGAAUGAGGAGUGGGCUCUUUCUUCCCUGGGUUCUGGAUGCCUCUGUCUGAGAUGUGUGGGCUGUGUGUGCUUUGGUUUCCUGUCAGUCAAUACAGCCACUGUCUGUGUGCAUAUGAUUCACCCGUGCUGUCCAGGGAAUGGUGGAGUUGCUCCCGUCCAACCUUUGCAAUGCAGGGAAUUGCAGUUCAGCUGGGAAGAAGAGUAUUCCGACCCUCUGAGUACUGGAGUCUCAUCCUCUCCAGGGCAGAGGAGAGCAGUAAAAUGUACAACCAGAUAUUCUUUUUGCCCUAUAAAGCAGUGCUCAGUGUUCUGUCUCAUUGAAAUACAGAAAUACAAAUGGUGUUUGAUUUACUAUAGCUGUACAGAGUUUUGAAAACAUGUUCAUUUCCUUUGGCUAUAUUUCAUGAAAACUACCUAAGUCUUUCAGAGAACAUUUUGUGAAGGGUAGAAAUCAACAUGAAAUGGUAAAAAGGAGUUUGAUGUUGGUCUUCUUAUUUUUCCUAUAUACAGUAGUUUCUUGCUAGGAGUCGAAAGCUGUCCCCACAUGAUUUUCUCCAUCUGUGUUGGAGCAUUUUCAUUCCUAUUUUUGCCCUUUCUCCUGCCACUCUCUGAACUGAGUUUGAGCAUUGUCUUUCCUUUUCUGCUUAAGAGCUGUCACCCCACGUAUAAUAACUGAUUACUUGAAUGAUAUCUGUGAUGCAUGGAAUAUUCAGAAAGCCUCACAUUGAGUUUUGUUGAAGUUAUAAAGUUUAACAUUGUAGACUUGGAUACCCCUGAGUUUAAAACUGAAAUAAAGAGAACACCUAAAUGCCUUGUGUACCCCUGAGUUUAAAACUGAA